AAAAAUGUGAUUCACAAGAAAACCGUGACAAGAGAAGAUAAAAGAGUUAAGAGAACCCCAGACGGUCCUCGUCUCAAAAACAGAGUUAAAAUUUCGCAACACACACGUAACUUUGCUAAGGUUUAAGCGAACUAUCACCAAAAAUUAGGAUUCUGGGUCUGAUCAAGAAGCUAAUAGACACUCGAAAGUGUCUCUCUUUUCUCUUCUCACCUCCCAAAAACUCUUCCUUUUUUUUCUUCCCCCUGAUUACGAUCAAAAAAGAAGUUCUGAGCUAAUAGACCCAUCUUAUUUUUGUUUCGAUUUAUCCGCAGAUUAUAUGGAUUUCAAUGAUCCGAUGCUGGUCCUAAAUUCCUGUAUUGGUCAAAUUGUUGAUUUUGGACUGGAUUUACUAUGGCGUUUCAUACACAUUAUUGUGAGCUUAUGUCACAUUGUCUCUGGCAUCUUUGAGGCGAUAGAAAGCUAUGCAAUCUCGUUAGGAUUGAUUCAAAGAUACUGUUCUAUCGAUAUCGAAAAGCUCAAGUGUCUAGCUGUUGUAGUGGACAUCGAAGCAGCAGCUCGAGAUGUUUCCAAGGUUAUUGAGCUUUUGCAAUGGCUAACGACCAUUGGGGUGAAACAAGUUGGUCUUUUUGACUCCCAAGGUUUAUUGAAGAAAUCCAAGGAUAUGAUCCUUGAAAUGGUGCCACGUUCAGUGUUGUUACAGGAGACUGGUGAGAGGGAUAUUUCGUCUGACCGCAUUGCUUUAGAAUUCAUUUCGUCUUCUAACAAUAAAGAAGCUGUUGUGAAAGCAGCCAACAUACUACUUGAGAAGUACUUGAAAUCCAGCCAUCCUGACAAGGGUGAAGAAGAAGGGGAAAACGUUUUUACAGAGUCUCAUCUGAACGAAGCAUUAAGAGUUGUUGGUGAGAAUGUACAGGGUCCUGAUCUGUUGCUGGUUUAUGGACCUGUAAGGAGCCACCUCGGUUUCCCGGCUUGGAGACUUCGAUACACUGAGAUAGUACAUAUGGGAUCGUUGAAGUAUAUGAGAUAUGGUUCCCUUUUGAAGGCAAUCCACAAAUUCACAGGCGUGCGCCAAAAUUAUGGGGUUUGAUGGUGAUUACAGAGCGAGCAGAGCCUUCCAAUAGAAAUUUUUUGAAUGUGAUUCACAUAUUUGUCGUUCAAAGGAGAGACAUUGUUGAAGAGCUGUUAACUCAGUGCACGCACCAUUGUUGCCAAUUUGUUCACAUCUUGUUCUGACAAAUUCCAUGUUAUACAGAUUCACAACUCAUAGCUGACAUUGUAUAUGAUUUUAAGUACUUAGCAAAAUACUAAUGAGUUGGACGGACCAAUCCACCCCAGUAGUGGUCUUAAUCCU